AGCACCUCUAGGCCUCGCUCCCUAUCCUCCGUACCCCCUUGCGCCAUCUAUCCCUGACAUCUCUGGGCUAGCCACCCAAGGCUAUGUUAUUUCAAUACAAUACCCUUCCAAUCUUCUUCUGCUUCGUCGCCUUCGUCUUCUCCCAAAGCACAAAGCAUGGAAGAGGUGUGGAGGGACUUGAAUCUCGACCACAACGGAGGCUCCAACCCCGCCGAUUACCGCCGCUUCAUCUUCCAAGACUUCCUCGCUCGAUCUCCCUACGAUUCUCCCUCUUCCCAGGACAUCUCCUCCUCCUCCCUCUCCCCCUCCUCUCCUCUCGUCACCGCCCUCAGCCUCGGCUCCUCCGCCCCUCCCUUCCGCUUCGUCGACCCUCUUCCUCAACCCGCCGCCCACUCCCUCCCCCCGGUCCUUUCGUCUUUUCCUCCUCCUCCUUCCAAUCUCUUUCCCUCCUCCCCUUCAGUUUCUGCCUUCCCUCAUAAGAGGCCCCUUCCUGAAUCUGAUCUUACUGAUCCCAACCAUCCUCACCAUUAUAACCACGGUGAUGGCUCGGGAAGUGAGCGCCACAAGCGUAUGAUUAAGAACCGGGAAUCUGCCGCCAGAUCCCGAGCUAGAAAGCAGGAAAAGACUGCCUUCUUGAUUCCCUCGCUUUUAUUUAUGAAUCUUCAACAUAUGUUUGUUUUUGAAAUCCAUGCGUCUCUCUUGUUUAAAGGUGCUUGGUUUUCCCUCCAGGCUUACACGAACGAGUUGGAGCAGAAGGUCGACUACUUGAACAAAGAAAAUGAGAGGCUAAGGAAACAGCAGCAAGAGUGGUCCAAAGCGUCGGCCUCCGAGAAAAAGAAGAAUCCUCUGUUUCGGACGUCUACUGCUCCGUUUUGAUGAGUAUUCCUUUAUCCGUAUCUCCGUUUCAUUGCUCCCUGGACCUACCCUUCACAGUAAAUGCCUGCUAUCGAUGAUGGAAUUUCAGAUAUGAUGGGAAUGUAUUUUUGGUUUGGUUGUUACAUCACUUGUGGUGGUUUGUGUAAGUAACGGGCGGGUGUGUUCAAAGAAGCUGCUUUUGCAUUUCCUAGAAGGCGCCUAUUUUGAUGGGUGGUCUUGCUCUUAGUAUGCUAAUUAUACUCCAGGAUUUGACGUUA